AUGGCGGUGAUGGAUAGCGUUCCGGCAGAUAUUAAUCGAAUUGAACAAGAUAUUCAGGGAAUUAAACAACAAAUUGACCAAUUCGAGGAAAUUCUCAAAAGUGCUGAAUCUGGUCAUACCUCUGUUUCCUACCUAAAUGAGCGAUAUCAUGCAAUCAUACUUACUACCAAAGACUUAUCUCAUCAUUUGAAGUCCCUUCGGGCAGCCUCUAAUUCACCCGGUGUUAAUGAUGCCCUUCGGGCUCGGGCUCGAAAUCUACACGAACAGGCUAUUAAUCAAACCACUAGAGUUCAGCGUAUCGGUCGAGAGACUCAGCGGAUCUCAACUGCUAUUGCUCGUUCUGCUGCAGCUUCAUCUCAAGCAACCAGUGAAGCCAUGGUUGGUUUUAAAGGAGGAUUUGGCUCUGGAGUGCAACAGCAGCAACAGAUGAUGCAAACGCAAGAAGAUGAGCAAAUGGCGCGAGAUAUGGAGGCUCUGGAAGCCGAUAUUGUCAUGGUGAAUGAGCUUUUUACUACCUUGGCAACUUACGUUCAUGACCAAGGAGAAAUCGUUGACUCCAUUGAGGCUAACACUGAAGCCGCUUAUGUUCAAGUUCACUCGGGGGUUUCGCAACUACAAUCAGCUGUUCAGCACCGAAAAUCUGCACGACGCAAGAAGUGUAUAUGUGCUCUAAUUCUCUUGGCUGUUCUAUUUAUCAUUGCUCUUUUAAUUGGAUUGAAUUUCAGGAAAUAG